GUUCGGGACAGGGAGGAAACGAAACGCAAGAAGUUUUACCCAAAAGACCAGUUAAGCACUGGUGGGACCAGCUGAGUUUUAAUACAAUUAUUCGGUUUGCUAUUCGUGGCAUCUUCUGUUCUAGGAAUGAAAUGCUGUUACACGGAUGACUUGAAAGAGCCUGCUGACUGCCCGCCCCCGUCCCCGUCCUCCGCCCCCCCGGCUGCCCCGCUGGCUGCGUCGGCUAGCGGGCCCGGACAGGUGGCUUCCUCCUCGUCCUCCUCCGGCGGCGGGGGACUCCGCCUGGGCGUAGGGAGGCUGCCGGCAUGCCUUGACGCGCUGCGCUCCCCGCUCCGCUCCCUUCCCCUCUCCCCCCUCUCCCCUCUCUCCCCUCUCUCCCCCCUCUCCGGCCCCUCCCCUCCCUCCCCCUCCUCCUCCUCGUCCUCCUCCUCCUCUUCAUCACCCUUUCGACCGGCGUCCACCCAUGUGCCUCAGGCCAGAGCGGGAUGUUCCUAUGUGGAGAUGAGCGCUCCUCCACGCAGGGCCUCCAGGUCAGACCUCCAGGACCAGGAGCUGCAGGAGCCGGGCUCCUCGAACAGGGACCUCCGAGACCGGGCCAAGGGUUCUGAGCGUGACCUGGCCUCUGUCGACUCCUCCACCAGUCUGCCCUCGGUCAGGAAGACGCCGGGCAAGAAGCGCCGGCUGUCCCUGCGCUCGCUCUUCCGCAGGGGCCGCCAGAGAGACCCCAGCAAAGCCUCCUCCUGCUCCUCCUCCUCCUCCUCCUCCCGCAAGGCACGCUGCUCCGCUGGGGAUGGUGGCGGCAGCGUCGGUGUUGGACCCCUGGAUGGAGGUGUGGGUGUGGACGGGGGCCUCCAGGACACCAUGCUAGGCCCGGAGUCCUUCGCCGGCCCUUCAACCUCGGCUGGCGUAGUCGGUGUUGGUGGAGUUACUGGUGCGUCGGCAGGAUAUGCGGGCGGAAAUGGAAGCCAGCGGCACCUGGAGCUGCUGGAGUGCCCGCUAUGCCUGCUGCGACACUCGCGUGAGCGCUUCCCCGACAUCAUGACGUGCCCGCACCGCUCCUGCGCCGACUGCCUGCGCCAGUACCUGCGCAUCGAGAUCAGCGAGUCGCGCGUCAACAUCACCUGCCCCGAGUGCGCCGAGCGCUUCAACCCGCACGACAUCCGCGCCAUCCUGCAGGACCGCGCGCUCAUGGAUAAGUACGAGGAGUUCAUGCUGCGCAGGUGGCUGGCGGCGGAUCCCGACUGUAGAUGGUGCCCGGCCCCCGACUGCGGCUAUGCGGUGAUUGCCUUCGGCUGUGCCAGCUGCCCCAAGAUCACAUGUGGGCGCGAGGGCUGUGGCACGGAGUUCUGCUACCACUGCAAGCAGCUGUGGCACCCCAACCAGACCUGCGACGCCGCGCGCCAAAUGCGCGCCCCCAGCCUACGCCUGCCCCCUUUCAGGUCCUCUUCACUCUCCUACAGCCAGGAGAGCGGAGCUGCAGCGGAUGACAUCAAGCCGUGUCCGCGCUGCGCUGCCUACAUCAUCAAGAUGAACGACGGCAGCUGUAAUCACAUGACCUGCGCCGUGUGCGGCUGCGAGUUCUGCUGGCUCUGCAUGAAGGAGAUCUCCGACCUGCACUACCUCAGUCCCUCUGGCUGCACCUUCUGGGGCAAGAAGCCAUGGAGCCGCAAGAAGAAGAUCCUCUGGCAGCUGGGCACGCUGGUGGGGGCGCCCGUCGGCAUCGCGCUCAUCGCUGGCAUCGCCAUCCCCGCCAUGAUCAUUGGCAUCCCAGUGUAUGUGGGGAGGAAGAUCCAUAACCGCUAUGAGGGAAAGGACAUCUCCAGGCACAAGAGGAACCUGGUCAUCGCUGGCGGAGUCACCCUGUCUGUCAUCGUGUCACCAGUGGUGGCGGCCGUGACCGUUGGUAUUGGGGUGCCCAUCAUGUUGGCGUAUGUGUACGGCGUGGUGCCCAUCUCUCUGUGCCGCAGCGGGGGGUGCGGGGUGUCGGCGGGCAACGGCAAAGGAGUCCGCAUCGAGUUUGAUGACGAGAAUGAGAUGAACGCCGGCAGCGGAGCUGUGGCCACCGACACCACGUCGGUGGCAGACACGCGGCACAACCCGAGUCUUGGGGAGGGCAGCGUGGGUGGUCUGACGGGCAGCCUGAGUGCCAGCGGGAGCCACAUGGAGCGCAUCGGGGCCAUGCGGGACAACCUGAGCGAGAACGCCAGCACCAUGGCCCUGGCCGGGGCCAGCAUCACCGGCAGCCUGUCCGGCAGCACCGUCGGAAACUGCUUUAACAGGCUGGAGGUGCAGGCGGAUGUCCAGAAGGAGCGCUGCAGCCUGAGUGGGGAGUCGGGGACCGUCAGCCUGGGGACAAUCAGUGACAACGCCAGCACCAAGGCCAUGGCGGGAUCCAUACUCAACGCCUAUAUGCCACUGGACAGCAGGGAGGGCAGUGUGGAGGUGCAGGUGGAUAUUCUGGACUCCAAACACCACCAUCAGCACCACCACCACCACCACCGCGGCUGCUGCAAGCUGAGGCACCACAGCGGCAGCAGCAGCCUGGACAACGACACGGCCAGCACCGGGGGAGGACGAGGCGGAGGCGGUGAAAGGGGAGGUGAUAGGGGGAGCUGCUGCUCCACAUGCCCCUGCGCCGCCUCCAGAAAGGAGUCCUCCUCCUCCUCCUCCUCGGGGAAGAAGAGCAAGGGGAAGCUGAGGAAGAGGAGCAGCAGCGGGGGGUCGCGGAGGAGCGCCGGGUCCCGGGGAGGAGGAGGAGGAGGUGCAGGGGGCUCAGUAGAAAGAGGAGGCGCGUGUGGAGGAGUGGGAGGAGGAGCAGGAGAUGAGGAUCUGGAUGUCCACCUCCUGGAGCAGCGUAGCUUACAAUGGAGCGAGGCCGAUCCAGACCACGACCUCCAGGACGCUGACGCCGACUUCUCCCCCUCGCCCCCCUCCCUCAGCGGCAGCCUGCCCUCCGUGGCCGACUCCCACUCCAGCCACUUCUCCGAGUUCAGCGGAGGAGGAGGAGGAGGAGGGUCGGACGCGAUGGACGCCACCUGCCGAAGCGUUACGUGUUGCCCUCACCAUCAUCACCAUCACCACCACCAACAUCACCAGCAGCAUCAUCUUCAUCACCACCAUCAUCACCACCACGAGGGCGGCAGUUGCGCCAGGCCUCCGCUAGGGGGCGCUGUGUCGGUGAGCCCUCCGCCUGAACCGGAGCUGGAUGAUGAGGCUGCCCCACACUGUAGUAGUAGUAGUGGUAAUAGUGGGGGUGGGGGUGCUGUCGGGGGGGUCACCACCAGCUCCGCAGCCCCACCCGCGGGGGUGCUGGCCCUGCGCUACAUCGCCGAGGAGAGCGUGGGACUGAUGCGGGCUGCAGAGCUGGACUCCUGUUUGGGUGGAGAGGAGGAGGAGGAGGAGGAGGAGGAUGAGGAGGAGGAAGAUAAGCAAGAAGAGGAGGAGGAGGAGGAGGAGGAGGAGAGGGGGGCGCUGGGGAGUGUCUCUCUCACCCCCCUGAAAGAGCGCAACAACAACAACAGUGUGCCCCUGUCGUCGCCGGCCCGCUCCCCCCGACACCCCUGCAUUCAGACUGACAUCUAACCCGCCCCUCCCCUCCUCCCCUCCCCUUCUUGAUCUUAACCUUUGAACUAUGAACCCUGACCCCCCAAAGAUGGCGGCCACAGUGCCCACUCUUGCUAAUCUCAAUCUCACGCCCACGUUAUCUUUCUACUGACAAUUGCACAUUGACUGACUUACAAUAAGUUGAAAACAAACAAAAGAAAGGCAACAAGCAGAAAAAAAGAACGAUUUAAGGUUGAAAAGAGAAGUUGUUGAUACUAAUGAAAAAAAGUUUUUUUUUCCCCCGUCCUGCUCUUAUUCCCCCGAGUUUCGUUCUGAUGUUGGGUGCGUGCUAAACGAAUGUCGAUCUAGGAAUGUCCACUGUCUUGGUUGUGUGAAUGCAGUCGUAUGAUAUGUUGCGAAAGACAAAACAAAAGUUAUGGGCGAUGUACACGUUCACUCGGUUCUGUGUGAUCAGACUGUUUCAAUGUACGUCUGAAAGGGUUUUUAGUAACCGUAAUUUGUGGGAUUUCUGCUUUAACCGUUUGGUAACACUUUCUUUGAAGGGGUCUACUCUAGAAGAGUAUGCACAUCCCACAUCUCUCUCUCUCUUUCUCUCUCUCUCUCUCUCUCUCUCUCUCUCUCUCUCUCUCUACCUCUCUCUCUCUCUCUCUCUCUUUCUCUCUCUCUCUCUCUCUCUCUCUCUCUCUCUCUCUCUCUCUCUCUCUCUUUCUCUUUCUCUUUCUUUCUCGACCUUUAUGUAGGCCCCUUCAAAUGAAGUGUUGCCAAAUGGUGUGUGUAUGUUCUGGAAAGAUCUGUGCGUUGGGCUCUAAGGCUGUUCUUUACUGGGUGCUCCGCUUGCCCUGUUCUCUUCCUCUGUAUUGUAUUGUAAUGUAGCUGAUCUCAGGUCAGAUCCAGACAAAAGCAACAACGAGGCCACGAAUGUAGGAGGGUGACAGGUUUGACUGACAGAUGUAGCUGCGAAUAACAAGCCUUGCUUUCUUUCCUUCUUAUUUUGGUCACCUGUUGAAUUUUUAGGGGCCGGCUUCAUGUUCAUAUUUCAGUGUGCGUGCGUGCGGUGAUGUUAACACCCCAUUGGCAGACAACCUUGUGCGCUAUUAACACAGACGCACACGCACAUGCACAUACUUUCCUUUCAACAUCUGAUCUGAGGUUGGGCCCUCUUUUCAACAUCACAAUCAAUCAAGCAGAUUUAAAAAACAAGACCAGGGACCAGGCAGUACGUAUAGUUUAUUUUAUUUGUUCUUUUUUUUUUCUUUUACCCCCUCUGAUUCCUCCGUUCAUGAUUCUUGUAAAUGAUGUUAUUUCUACUUUUGUAGCAAAGGUUUCUUUUCUCGUCUCGUAUGUUGUUUCCAUUUUGGGAAAGGUUGUAAUGACGUUUGACAGCCCUGUGUUGGGGGCUUAGCAGGUAUGAAUACCUGAUUAUGUGGGGACUGGGGGGUUAAGAAUUUUGAGGUUUUUUGUU